ACUAUACAGAGUUAUUAGAUUAUUUUGUACAUUAUUAAGUUGUUUUGUGGCACUAGGUGUGUGAUAUAUUACUAGCUGGGUGUGUGUCUGUGGCUGGGUACCGAUUCUGAACCUCAGUAACUUUAGGAUUAACCAAAAACAUUCUGUACAUAAGUACUUGUACGAAAAUAUUUUUUCAACUUAAGUAUUGGGAAUUUGCCAAUAAAAUGUCAUUGUUGUUAACUAGGUACCGCAAAGUUGCAUUCCUAUCGCUGCUGCGUGUCACGUGACUAGGGUCUCACAGCCCUGCUUCUUGUUUACAAAAUCACUUCCUGGUUCGCGGACUAAUAAAACUUGAACAAAUUUAAAAUUUAGCUACCUUUUGUGAAAGGAAAUAAGAAAAAUACUAAAGACAUGCUUCGUAAGGACAGGAGGAGGAAGCAGCGACAGAGCUACAUGAGGCAGCUAAAGGCAGUGGGUCCCUCACCAGCUGGAUAAAAAAAAAAGAGUACAGGUAAGUUGCAUCACAGCAACAAGUGUAGAAACAAUAAUAUACACAACUGCAAUGUUUUGAUGCCAGAAAAUGUUUUUUGUUAGCCUCUUGAUCAUGGAUUAGGUGCAAGACCUGUUAAAUGUGAAUAACUACAUAAUUCAUUCAUACAAUAGCUAAUUUUGCCUUGUUCUCAGAUGGACAGCAAGUGGAGAGUGAUAGAUCACACGAGGAGACUGAAGACACACACAACUCUUUCUGUUUAUAUUACUGUCACAUUCUUAUCUCUGACAUAAACUCCUCUAUUAUCCACUAAUAUUUAGAUUUCCAUUUAUUUACCGCAGGUGUUGUCUCAGAUAUUUCUGUCUUACACUUCUAAGAGUUUUCACCAAUUUUUGCCAUUUUUUUAUGAUCUUACAUAAAUUUUGUAAUUGACUAACAUUUCUCCUCUGUUCGUUUUACUACCUACAGUCUGAGAUCACCACAGCCUUGCCCUCCAGCAUCAUCAGCAGCAGCAAGAGGAGCGACCCUGCAACAGCUACACUGUACCCCAUCAUCAGGUAAAAUAGGACAGCAAUAGAUCAGGAGGUGGAGCAGGUUGUCCAGUAAUAAGAAGGUUGCAGGUUUGAGCCUGACUUCAAUCAGAGAUUGAUGCUGUUGAGUCCUUGGGCAAGACACUUAACCUGCUUUGCCUGCUGGUGGGGGUCGGAGGGACCGGUGGCGCCUGUGCUCAGCAGCUUCACCUCUGUCAGUGCGCUCCAGAGCAGCUAUGGCUACAUCAUAGCUCAUCACCAUCAGUGUGUUAAUGUGUGUGUGUGAAUGACUGAUUGUGUUGUAAUGUGCCUUGGGGGGCUGUAGAACCCUAAGAAGGCAUUAUACAAAUACAGACCAUUUACCUAAACAAGUUACUUUUGCUUUACAUUGUCCUUAUGGUGUAUAUAAUGAUUCGCUUCCAUUUUGAAUUUCUAAUAAAUAUGAUUUGUUAUUCAGCUGAGUAUACUGUGGUUAUGUCAUGGUGUUUGAAAAUAUUAUUCUGUGUGCCCCUUUUUAAAUUUGAGCACCCGCCCCUUCAAAGGUCUCUGCACAGCCCUGGUGUGCGUGUGCGUGGAUGAACCGGACGUGGACUGAGCUGUGAGCUCCCGCUGCAGUUUUGUGUGUGGGGAGGGGCGGGCGCUCUAUUUGACUGGCCAAUCACAGAGAACUGACAAUCUCUGAGGCUGCUCUGUAAAUAGUUUUCAAAUAAACAAUACACAUAGCAACUACUGAUCAGACGCAACGUAUUGGUUAAACUACACCCACUUCCGGGUUAGGCCACGCCCACUCCGACUACAGAUACAGAUAAUUUAGAUGGUUGAACAGAUACAGAUACAGAUACAGAUAGUGGUGUAUUCCCUUAUCCCUAGUUUAGACCUGAUUUGGAAUCUACUCCUUUUGAUCAACCUGAUGUAAUCUGUUUUGUUGAUGGUUCAUGUUGUAGAGACUACUUAGGAAACCAUGCAGCAUUCACUGUUCUGGAAAAAAUAAAAGACAGAUUUGAAAAAGUAAAAGCUGAAAAGUGUAACCAAUCCUGUUCUGCACAGUUAGCGGAACUCAAAGCCUUGAAUGAAGCUUGCAAGUUGGCAAAUGGUCAGGCAGCAACCAUCUACAUGCACUCUGCGUAUGCACAUGGUGUUUGUCACCUGUUUGGAAGUGUAUGAAGACAGAGAGGUUUUUAGAAGACGGAUGGCACUCCUGUCCUUCGUGGGACGCAUGUCCUUUAAGGAGACCCAGAUCAACGAGUUGAUCUCAGCAAUGAUGCUUCCUUCAAAACCUGCCAUUGUAAAGUGCCCUGCGCACCGCAAGGGUUACUGCGACAUCAUCAGAGACAACAACGCAGCAGAUGAGACUGCAAAGUCUGCCUCCAGGUGUGAAGAAGCCAUUAUGACACCUGUAAUAUCACUAGAGCCUGUAAUAACACCAGAAUACAUAAUUUUGAUUCAGGAAAAGGCAGAGAAGAGCGAGCAGCAGUGGUGGAGAAAAAGGGGAGCAACAAUGGACUCAAGCAGCUUGUGGAGAUCCCAUGAGGGUUUGAUUGAUGCCACUUCCUCAGCUCAGAGGAAGGGGUCCUCGUUGGAGCAACUAGAGCUUGAACUCAAAGGCUACAUCAAGCAACUAACCAUUAAGCCAUUUAUUUGCAGGAAGGAGCUCGUCUCUAGCAUAGGCGCAGACAGGCCAGUGGUUCCUGGAGACCAGGUGUACAUCAAAGUCUUCAGGAGGAAGUGGCACAAACCACAGCGAGAGGGUCCCUACAAAGUGGUUCGAGCAACACCAACAGCAGUCCAGGUCGAAAGAGGAUUGACGUGACAUCAUCUGACACACUACACAAAAGCCAAAGACAAACCUCUGUGUCUGAUUUAACCAAACAGCAUGAUGGCUGGGAAAAAGAAGGGCAUGCUAAGCCUGAUAACUGUUCUGUUUUGGAUAACACUUGAGGGUCUGAUGCUUGCGCUGGAGGAGGUGAAGAUGGAGAUGAUGGCCGAGGAGCAACUCAUUGACCCAUCACAAGAGCAUACCCCAAACGACUUGGCCAACAGAGAUGCAGCACACCAUGACCAAGUUAAGUGCAAUGCAGCAGGCCGAAUGCAAGAUACGUCAGCAGCUUUGCCUGCAUUCAACUUAGCACAUGUUCAUUCUCAAUUGUUGAAAAAAGAGGAGGAGGGUAGUCAGAGGUAUCUACGUCUUAGGACAAUCCAGACUCGGAUCACAACUCCAGAAUUAGAACAUGACCUGCAAAAGCUAAUGUUAACGACAAGACCAGCAACCGCGGUAGCUAAAACUGAUGUAACAACCAAGGUUUCAAGCAAUGUUUUGGCCACAACUAAGACAAAUACGGACCCUGAUGGUGUAACCACAGUUCCAAAUACUGUUUUAACCACUAGUGCUAAAGCUACAAUGAUUCCUGAUGUUUUGACUACCACAAUCCCUGUUACAGAUGUUCCUACUCCCUCUUUCUCACAGCUGGUGACUCCACCGGCUUUAAGAUCUAAAACAACACCAAUUAGCAAGUUAAGAAGCGUAACCACCAAGCCACCUGUUCGUACUACAACUCCCACAGGAGGUAUUGCAAUGAACUCUGGUUCUACUACAGCAACCUCUGGUAGUAGCCUUGUUUGCAAUCUUAUUAGGGGAGGACAUAAUGAAUUAGAUGAAACCGGUUACAAAACCAUACCUAAGCCAUCAUUUUGGCCAAUUAGACCUAGGUCUGGAGGAAACACAGGACCUAACUAUCCUAGGGCAAGCAGACCAUUGCCUAUAGAUGAUAGGCUUUGGGAUGUUGCCAUUCAAAAUAGCUGAUAUAGAUGGGCUUUGUAUGCGACCAGAGAAAUGACCCCUAAUGAAUGCAUAGUGUGUGCUCAAGCACCUGGAAUGCUACCUGAGGUAGUUCCAGAAAAAUAUACUUCUAGAGAAUGUGCCAUUGCACAAAGAUGCAUGUCUAAGACUAGAAAGGAAAUAAAGAUCAAUAAAAAGGUUCCACCACUUCUUAAAUUGUCAUUGUGUGGACUUCAAUGCAGAUUGCUUCAUGGUACACAAGAUAAGUACAAAUAUGUUAAAAAAUAUGCAGAAUACAACAUCCAAGAUGCAUGUGCUGAAUUUGCAAUCCAAACAAACCAAAAUGGUCCUCCAACUGGCUGCAAAAUUGACUAUAGUGCUGAUUAUGAAUGUUUCGCAAGUGGAGGUUUCGCUGACAACGGAGUGGACAUAGGUAAUAUAUCUGUCACCCAUAGGCGUCAUUUUAACCGGGGACGCCGGGGACAUGUCCCCGGCAAAAUUUGUGAUUGGCAGCUGUGUCCCCCCCCACUUUCAAAAACGCCUGCUGAUGAGGAUUUUUGUUUUACCAGCUCAGAUCUUAUACCAGGGGUCGGCAACCUAUUCCCAUCAAAGAGCCAUUAUUACCCGUUUCCCACAGUAAUUCUGGACGGACCUUAAUAAGCAGUGACUUAAGUGAAGCAGGCAGGUCGCGCUAGAAAAUUUAGUUUAAAAAGACGUCAUAAAUGUGUUCCCCCAUCAUUUUUAUUUAUAAAAUAUGAAGUAAAAACUCACAAUUUAAUUUUCAUUCAUUUGUCAUUAAUAUGUAGUCUACACCCGUGCGUUAAGUGGACCAUCUUCCAGUAAAAGCAAAGCAUCCAGCCCAUCUCUCCAAAGGCAUAAAAUGUGCAUCAGCCGCUAGUUAGGCGCGCCGCGUGCACCAUCAGCUGAUCAGCCCAGACAAGAGCAGAGCAAAUAGAGAAAGAAUAGAGGAUAAUUGUGUCUGGAUGUGGAUGGAGAUUACAUUUUACAUCAGCCUGAUCAUCAUUUAAAUACGUAAACCAUCACCUGUCUUCUAGUCCACGCUAUCAGCAUUAUUUUAAUUGGUGUGUGUGUGUGUGUGUGUGUGUGUGCGUGCGUGCGUGCGUGCGUGCGUGCGUGCGUGCGUGCGUGUGUGUGUGUGUGUGUGUGUGUGUGUGUUUUCCACUUCAAACACUGGUCUAACCAACCAGACCAGCGUGUCCAGUAACACAUUAAUGUUACAAUUAAACAGUUUCCCUUCAUGUAGGCUAGGAACAUUCCACCUGCCGUGGCCCGACCGCAUCUGCUCCACACGAACUUUGUGCGUGAUCAAAUGUCUCUACGCGUCAUGCGUCUCCAUAUUAGAGACGGGAACAAGCGCUGUUCAGCCAGUUUCAUAAUUUCAUAAAAAGAACAUUUUUCCAAGUGACACGUCCCUCAGAGAGACCGGGUUUCCAGACCGCUUCAGUGGGAGGAAAUCAUCGCAUGCACCAUGGUUCUGCGCUGCGCUGCGAACCCCUCAGAUCUUCAGCUCACUGUCCACCGUGGGCGCUCCGAGCCGCGCUGAACACAGUGUCCGGUAUAAAGCUCUGAUGUUGGGAAUAUUUUACCUCCGCGAUGUGCGUUAACGAUUAAAAUGUCAGCUCAUCCAUGUGCAUAAGUGUGCGUGGGGGUAAUUCUUUCAAACCAAGCAACAUCCUUGAGUUCAUCUGUCAAAAUAAACAGUCAAAUGGAAAUAUCUGUAACCUGCCGUUUAACUGUUUUGCCUUCUUGUGAAGAUUGUUGCAAAGAGAAACAAUUAAACUUGAUUAACCCCAGAGCCACCCAGAGCGCAUGAAGGUUCCUCCCACUGAAGCGAGUGUUUUCCAAACCCGGUCUCUCAGAGAGACUUGUCACUUAGAAAAUGUUCCCUGAUGAUGAAACUUUGGCUGAAUAGCGCUUGUUCCUGUCUCCAAUGUGGCGACACAUCCAGGAGCCGUCUGAGGAGAAUCCCAGAAUCUCACAUCCUCUUCAGCUCAUAAAGCACCUAUGAUUACGCACAAGCGUGACGCGUCAACCCAGUCUCACAGUAAGACCGGGUUGGACCUGUUCAGGUUUACGCAGACAAUCUUUACAUUUAGAAUUGGCAUAUAGAUGUAAAAUUAAUGCAGUAAAAUAUAAAGCAUUUUAUUUAAAUAUCCAUUCAUUAUUUUACAAACACAGAGCCGCAUCAGAUGGAUGGAAGAGCCGCAUGCGGCUCCAGAGCCGCCGACCCCUGUGCUAGCCUACUUUAUUGUCCCCAGCAAUUUUUAAACCCCACUCAAGUGUAUGGUUAUUGUCCCCAGCAAUUCUGAAAACAAACUGACGCCCUUGCUGUCACCUGCAAUAUAACUUUGUGUAUUAUCCUGGUUCCCGCAUGCAAAUAUGACACCACUCUUUAAUGACACCCCUAUUUGGUAUGAAAACCCGAAAUCUCUUAGUCAGGAUUGUGAUGACAUCACAAUGACAAUUCCUACUUGAUCUACUAGGUGAACAAGACAUUUGUCACGUUGUGGGUGUGGAGAUAAUGGACCAAGUGUGGUGGAGCGGCUCAGGAGGCAAAGA